AUGAAAUCCUCUUGCUUCCACUUUGUUCACAGACUCGUUCUGUAGUUCAUACAGCAAAUGGCUGAGGAAGUAGGUUUGAUGUCCGGAGAUGAAGAGGAGACACAAAUUAAUGAUGGUGAAGAUUCAUUUCAGACUUGUCACGCCCUAACCACAGCUGACUGCUGCUCUACAGAGCCUUUGCAAGGUAGCUCUAAUGAAGAGAAGGAAAGGUCAAUAGUGCCAGCAAGAUUGUCUGUUCUAUCUGGCAAGGCCAUAGCAUGUGAAAAAACCCUCAUUGGACACCAGUUGAUUGCUCAUAACAAGGUACAAAACAUAGCCUCUGGGUUCACAGAGUAUCAUUCAACAGAUGCAGAUAUGCCAUUAGCUGCCUCAUCUUAUCCUGUGGCGAUUUGUAAGCUGAUGCCAGUAGACAUCUCUUCUCCCUGUUCAGAAAGCCUUCUCUGGAACUCCAAUCAGAAAUCUGAAGAAUCACAGCUUUCAAAUGCUGCUAAAGUGUCUGCUUUCCCCCAGAAUCUUACUUCACUGCUAGUAAGUGGAUUCAGCUGCUGUCGUACAUGGAACUCCAAAACAGAGCUAACUUUGGAAGGCCCAUUGAAAGUUUGGACCCCCUGUAGCCUGAGCCAGACUAUUUGGAUGAAAACGAUGAAAGUAACAGAGACCAUUGAAAAGCAAAAACAGGAAGAAAAGGAGAAAUACCGACUUCAGCUAACUAUGUAUCGGAGGCUUCUGCUGCUGCGCUCCAUUAGAAGUUUACAUAAGCAGCUCGAGCAGCAGCAAGCCAGGCUGCAGGAAUGUUAUGGUAUGGUAAUAAAUACCAAGAAAGAAGUGUUGAAACACAUUCGCUUAACCUCACCCUCACCCUCACCCUCACCAUAA